AUGACAAAUCUCCAAGACACUCAAGUCCCGGCCGCCGAGAUUUGGACCGAAACCGUUCUCGUUCGCCCGGAGCUUCUCGAAGGUCGCAUGGACCUGCUCGCUCGCCUGAUCGUGCCCCUGCUGACAGAGAACGAUCGUAAUGUCGAUAUGCCUUGUAGUUUAAACUCAACCAACACUGGCACAAAUUUGUUUGUGAGUGGGCUAUCCAUGGAUGUUCGCAACGAGGAUCUUGAAGGAAUAUUUUCAAAAUACGGCAAGGUUCUUAAAUGUGAAGUCAUGUUUGAUCCACGCACUAGAGAAUCGCGUGGGUUUGGAUUUGUCAACUUUGCUAAUGUAGAAGAUGCAGACGAUGCCCUGACUCUUAAUGGGGCUGACUUGCUUGGGCGACCACUAAUGGUGCAAAAGGCUCGGAGACAGCGUCCUCGAACACCUACACCUGGCGAGUAUCGUGGUCCUAUAAAGGAAAUCCUUUACGAUCGUCGUCGCGAUGAUCGCUAUAGUCGUGGAGGUCGUUCCAGUGAUCAUGAUCCGUAUGCAAGCAGAGAACGCUUUGAUCGACCUCGCGAUCGCUACGAUAGUCGUGAGCGUGAUUAUGAGCGUGAAUAUGAUCGCUAUAAUGGACGAGGUGGAGGCGAUCGUUACGAUCGUGAAGGUGACCGUGGAAGACGCUGGUAG